AUGGAAAUCCGUAAGGAACAUGGAUGAGGAGGCAUCCCUCGAAAAUUACUUUGACCAUACUCUUGGUUCAUCUGAUUACAUCUUUGAGGGGGAUCUGGGCCUACAGGGUCCUGCUCCUCAGCUCCAGGAUUCCUCUUUCCUGUCCUCUUUAACCUCUCAGGAGAAAGAUCUCACUGAGGACUUGGACCUGAGCUUCUUACCCGAUGAACUGAGCACUCAAGAUGAGCCACGACAGGCUGAGAAUGACAGCAGGAAUGAGGACAGUGGCGUUUACACCGACGGUCCACCGAGAGAGUCGACAGAGGCAGAUACUGACACCAGUAAUUUUGCCAAAAACACCUCACAGUUCAGUCUCCCAAUGACUCCCAUGACUCCUAUGACCCCCAUGACCCCAGUGACAGAGAGUUCAGGCAUCAUCCCACAAUUACAGAAUAUUGUGUCAACAGUGAAUCUUGCUUGUCCUCUGGACCUCAAAUCCAUUGCACUUCAAGCUCGAAAUGCUGAAUACAACCCAAAGCGUUUUGCUGCAGUUAUAAUGAGGAUCCGUGAACCAAGAACUACCGCUCUCAUUUUCAGCUCUGGAAAAAUGGUCUGCACUGGAGCCAAGAGCAGUGAGGAGCAAUCUCGCCUUGCUGCACGGAAAUAUGCUCGGGUGGUACAGAAACUCGGUUUCCCUGCCAAAUUCCUUGACUUCAAAAUCCAAAACAUGGUUGGAAGUUGUGAUGUCUGCUUUCCUAUACGCUUAGAAGGCCUGGUCCUCACUCACCAGCAGUUCAGCAGCUAUGAGCCGGAGUUGUUUCCUGGUUUGAUAUAUCGCAUGGUGAAGCCACGUAUUGUGCUGCUGAUAUUUGUAUCUGGGAAAGUUGUGCUCACAGGUGCGAAAGAGCGGGCAGAGAUCUAUGAAGCCUUUGAAAAUAUUUACCCCAUCCUGAAAGGGUUCAGGAAGCAGUAGAAGCACUGCACUUAAUGUGAAUAUUUGUCUUUAAUGGUGUGCUUCGUAUGUGUUAGUGGUACUUUAAAGGUUUGAAUGCAAUAAUUGAAUCUAACUUUUGUUAUUGCACUUUGUUUAUUGUCUUUGUUUACUUUGUAAUGUCUGCAUUAGUGAGAGUUGCUGAGAUAACAGAGCAUCCUAAAAGUGUACUGUAAAGAGUAAAUGUUUUGUUAAAAUAUUCAGCUUUGCCCUAUGUGGACUCUCGAAUGGAGACACAAAGUAUCCUCUUCAGUUAUGACUAUGUUUUGUCCCUCUUGUACAUGUUGAACUACUUCUUACUGAUGCAGGUAAAUAAAUUUGAACACUUCUCUUUUGGAUACUA